AUUUAAUAGGCAGGAGGUCAGUACAGAGAGGGAUAACAUAUUUAAUAGGCAGGAGGUCAGUACAGAGAGGGAUAACGCCUUUAGCAGGCAGGAGGUCAGUACAGAGAGGGAUAACGCCUUUAGCAGGCAGGAGGUCAGUACAGAGAGGGAUAACACAUUUAGUAGGCAGGAGGUCAGUACAGAGAGGGAUAACACCUUUAGCAGGCAGGUGGUCAGUACAGAGACGGAUAACACCUUUACUAGGCAGGAGGUCAGUACAUAGAGGGAUAACACAUUUGGUAGGCAGGAGGGCAGUACAGAAAGGGAUAACACAUUUAAUAGACAGGAGGUCAGUACUGAGAGGGAUACCACCUUUAGCAGGCAGGAGGUCAGUACAGAGAGGGAUAACAUAUUUAAUAGGCAGGAGGUCAGUACAGAGAUGGAUAACAUAUUUAAUAGGCAGGAGGUCAGUACAGAGAGGGAUAAUGCCUUUAGUAGGCAGGAGGUCAGUACAGAGAGGGAUAACGCCUUUAGUAGGCAGGAGGUCAGUACAGAGAGGGAUAACAUAUUUAAUAGGCAGGAGGUCAGUACAGAGAGGGAUAACACCUUUAGCAGGCAGGAGGUCAGUACAGAGAGGGAUAACACAUUUAGUAGGCAGGAGAUCAGUACAGAGAGGGGUAACACCUUUAGCAGGCAGGAGGUCAGUACAGAGAGGGAUAACAUAUUUAAUAGGCAGGAGGUCAGUACAGAGAUGGAUAACAUAUUUAAUAGGCAGGAGGUCAGUACAGAGAGGGAUAACAUAUUUAAUAGGCAGGAGGUCAGUACAGAGAGGGAUAACGCCUUUAGCAGGCAGGAGGUCAGUACAGAGAGGGAUAACGCCUUUAGCAGGCAGGAGGUCAGUACAGAGAGGGAUAACACAUUUAGUAGGCAGGAGGUCAGUACAGAGAGGGAUAACACCUUUAGCAGGCAGGAGGUCAGUACAGAGAGGGAUAACGCCUUUAGUAGGCAGGAGGUCAGUAAAGAGAGGGAUAAUAUAUUUAAUAGGCAGGAGGUCAGUACAGAGAGGGAUAACAUAUUGAAUAGGCAGGAGGUCAGUACAGAGAGGGAUAACACCUUGACUAGGCAGGAGGUCAGUACAGAGAGGGAUAACACCUUUAGCAGGCAGGAGGUCAGUACAGAGAGGGAUAACAUAUUUAAUAGACAGGAGGUCAGUACAGAGAGGGAUAACACCUUGACUAGGCAGGAGGUCAGUACAGAGAGGGAUAACAUAUUUAAUAGGCAGGAGGUCAGUACAGAGAGGGAUAACACCUUUAGCAGGCAGGAGGUCAGUACAGAGAGGGAUAACAUAUUUAAUAGGCAGGAGGUCAGUACAGAGAGGGAUAACGCCUUUAGCAGGCAGGAGGUCAGUACAGAGAGGGAUAACAUAUUUAAUAGGCAGGAGGUCAGUACAGAGAGGGAUAACACCUUUAGCAGGCAGGAGGUCAGUACAGAGAGGGAUAAUACCUUUAGUAGGCAGGAGGUCAGUACAGAGAGGGAUAACAUAUUUAACAGGCAGGAGGUCAGUACAGAGAGUGAUAACAUAUUUAAUAGGCAGGAGGUCAGUACAGAGAGGGAUAACAUAUUUAAUAGGCAGGAGGUCAGUACAGAGAGGGAUAACACCUUUAGUAGGCAGGAGGUCAGUACAGAGAGGGAUAACACCUUUAGUAGGCAGGAGGUCAGUACAGAGAGGGAUAACAUAUUUAAUAGGCAGGAGGUCAGUACAGAGAGGGAUAAUGCCUUUAGUAGGCAGGAGGUCAGUACAGAGAGGGAUAACGCCUUUAGUAGGCAGGAGGUCAGUACAGAGAGGGAUAACACCUUUAGCAGGCAGGUGGUCAGUACAGAGACGGAUAACACCUUUACUAGGCAGGAGGUCAGUACAUAGAGGGAUAACACAUUUGGUAGGCAGGAGGGCAGUACAGAAAGGGAUAACACAUUUAAUAGACAGGAGGUCAGUACUGAGAGGGAUACCACCUUUAGCAGGCAGGAGGUCAGUACAGAGAGGGAUAACAUAUUUAAUAGGCAGGAGGUCAGUACAGAGAUGGAUAACAUAUUUAAUAGGCAGGAGGUCAGUACAGAGAGGGAUAAUGCCUUUAGUAGGCAGGAGGUCAGUACAGAGAGGGAUAACGCCUUUAGUAGGCAGGAGGUCAGUACAGAGAGGGAUAACAUAUUUAAUAGGCAGGAGGUCAGUACAGAGAGGGAUAACACCUUUAGCAGGCAGGAGGUCAGUACAGAGAGGGAUAACACAUUUAGUAGGCAGGAGAUCAGUACAGAGAGGGGUAACACCUUUAGCAGGCAGGAGGUCAGUACAGAGAGGGAUAACAUAUUUAAUAGGCAGGAGGUCAGUACAGAGAGGGAUAACAUAUUUAAUAGGCAGGAGGUCAGUACAGAGAGGGAUAACAUUUAAUAGGCAGUAGGUCAGUACAGAGAGGGAUAACAUUUAAUAGGCAGGAGGUCAGUACAGAGAGGGAUAACAUAUUUAAUAGGCAGGAGGUCAGUACAGAGAGGGAUAACGCCUUUAGCAGGCAGGAGGUCAGUACAGAGAGGGAUAACGCCUUUAGCAGGCAGGAGGUCAGUACAGAGAGGGAUAACACAUUUAGUAGGCAGGAGGUCAGUACAGAGAGGGAUAACACCUUUAGCAGGCAGGAGGUCAGUACAGAGAGGGAUAACGCCUUUAGUAGGCAGGAGGUCAGUAAAGAGAGGGAUAAUAUAUUUAAUAGGCAGGAGGUCAGUACAGAGAGGGAUAACAUAUUGAAUAGGCAGGAGGUCAGUACAGAGAGGGAUAACACCUUGACUAGGCAGGAGGUCAGUACAAAGAGGGAUAACACCUUUAGCAGGCAGGAGGUCAGUACAGAGAGGGAUAACAUAUUUAAUAGACAGGAGGUCAGUACAGAGAGGGAUAACACCUUGACUAGGCAGGAGGUCAGUACAGACAGGGAUAACAUAUUUAAUAGGCAGGAGGUCAGUACAGAGAGGGAUAACACCUUUAGCAGGCAGGAGGUCAGUACAGAGAGGGAUAACAUAUUUAAUAGGCAGGAGGUCAGUACAGAGAGGGAUAACGCCUUUAGCAGGCAGGAGGUCAGUACAGAGAGGGAUAACAUAUUUAAUAGGCAGGAGGUCAGUACAGAGAGGGAUAACACCUUUAGCAGGCAGGAGGUCAGUACAGAGAGGGAUAAUACCUUUAGUAGGCAGGAGGUCAGUACAGAGAGGGAUAACAUAUUUAACAGGCAGGAGGUCAGUACAGAGAGUGAUAACAUAUUUAAUAGGCAGGAGGUCAGUACAGAGAGGGAUAACAUAUUUAAUAGGCAGGAGGUCAGUACAGAGAGGGAUAACACCUUUAGUAGGCAGGAGGUCAGUACAGAGAGGGAUAACACCUUUAGUAGGCAGGAGGUCAGUACAGAGAGGGAUAACAUAUUUAAUAGGCAGGAGGUCAGUACAGAGAGGGAUAA